UGUAUUUCCGACUGUGCCUCAUCUAUUAUGUCUUUGGCACAUUAACAUGAAUGUGGGGCGUCGUGCUUCAAAGUGUUUUGGCAAUAGUAGGCGUCAAGGAUUUGCUUUUGUACUCGGUCCGUGGCAAACUUUGGUAACAUCAGCGUGUGAAGAAGAUUUCUACCGGAAUUACAGAGUUUUAGUGGACGAUUACGCGAAUCAUCCGCAGUUGAUUGAGUACCUCCAAGACACUUGGUUGAUAUACAAAGAGAAAUUUGUAAAAGCAUGGACAAAUCUAGUUUUUCAUCUGGGCAAUACAUCGACAAGCAGGUAUUUAUUUAUCAGUUGUUAAAUACAUAUACUUAACUUACUGUCAUGUUGUUUACUGAAACAUAACCUACUUUAAUCAGAUUAGGGUGGAGAGCAACCAUAGAGCAUUGAAGAGAUGGUUGGCUUCGUCCACAGGUGGCUUUGACACAUUUUGGGCACAGUAUCACACACAGAUUGCAGAUCAACUUAACGAGAUUCUGGCCGAAUUUGCGAAGUCAAAGUGGAUUCGGGCCCAGACGAUUAAUGUGCCCGUAUUUAAAAUAUUGUCCAGUGGAAUUGUAACACAUUCUGCACUGAAGAUGUUGGACGAUGAGAAGGAUGAAGAUAUAGACAGUUGCGUCUGUUACAUGAGGAAAUGUCUUGGCCUCCCAUGCAAACAUGAAAUUGACGCCAAGGUGAAUGCACGAUGUGGUGUGUUUUAUGCUGAGGAUGUCCACAUUUUUUGGAGGACAUGGGUUUCGGGAUUCGGACAUGGCCAAGAAGAAAGUGUUGGUUCUGUUCCCGAUCACAGGUCACAGGCUAUUGACAGGCUAGACGGGUUAAUUGAUGAGUUGCGUGAACGUUCAGAAAUUGAGAUCACGGACGUGACAGAUGUCGUUUUUGAACGAAUGCAUCCUGGGGCAACGGAGAUAAAUGAGCCACCAGUACUGGACCGCCCAAGAGGUAGACCGCGGAACAACUCCACACAGAGGGAUGACUCAGCGCAUGAGUUGCCAUUAUACCCGGGCGAAGAAAAUUCGAGACGAGGACGAGGACGAUCAAGAGGCAACAAAGGCCGUGGUUCAUCUUCUGAGAGAUCUAGUUGUGGUCGUGGUCGUUCAUCGACUAUGAGUGGACCCGAAAUGGGACGAAUGCCCCGACCUAGUUGGAUGCGAGAACUUCAUUUUUGCCUCGUUCCGGAGAUUGUGACCUGGACGGACGUUCAAUGGGAUGGUAAUUGUGGUUAUCGGAGUGUGGCGUGUGCAGUCAAGAACAGUGAGGAUGAUUGGAUGGAUGUUAGAUUGGAUGUGUAUAACUGUAUUAGAAGUCACGCGCCGUUCUUCAAUGAUUAUUUCGGUGGUGGUAAUUCAGUGUAUCGGGUGUUGGCGAGUGUCGCCUAUUGGGAUAACGCCCUAGCACCUCUGCAAAAGUGGAUGACGAUCACGGACGUGGGCGUGGUUGUAGCAACAUAUUACAACGCGUUGGUCUUGUCGUCCGACGCCUGCGCUGAGAAUGUCGCAUAUGUGAGUAUCAUGCGUCUUGUUCGUCAGAAGCAUUAGGACGAUCCAACUGUAGAUACUCGGCGAAUGGGGCACACAUGUCCUGGAUCGUCCUGAAAAAGUCAUUGGGAAUCUGUCGAUAUCCUCGAAUAGUCGGCGGUGGCAAGUUAUCGUAGAAGUAGGGAUGCAACACCCGGGUGAUGUCGUACACAAACGGAACUGCAGAUGGCUCCACUCUCUCAACCGGCUCGGUACUAGGAUGUAUACGGACGUGGGUGUGGUCGAGAUACCACGGCAAAUACUCCGGUGUCGACUCCCAAGCCGGACGCACCCAAUGACCAUAAUAAUCUUCACUAAGCAUGUGCGUGUGAGGGAUAUUCCACAUCUGAUCGCCAGGCUCGUAGCUAAUUUUGUAAGAUG